AUGAAUGCAAUGGUCCUGGGUAUCCUCAACUACUAUUACCCGCAAGGCUCCGAUUAUGCAAUCGAAGUUCAGCCGCGAAGCAAUUGUGACACUAAGAUCGUCGAUUUUGCCGUUCGCCGAUGGUACCCCGGUUUUCCUGCCGAUUACCAGCUUGCAAACCAAACCCUCGUGCAUGUCAGCUUGUUAUGUGAUGCCCUCAACAAGAAGGACCGCCAUGCUAUUCUGUUGGAACUCGACAGAUUUGUGUCCACAGACGAUAACAUCAGGAAGGAUUGCUGA